UGGUUACCGGUAGCCAUGGAACUGCUUCCCCUGCAGUUUACCGCGCCUAGUGUGAUUCGUUCAACUGACCUCACGCGUCCGGUACCGUCAGUCACACUAACAGCGCAUGGCAGUAUCAGCAGAAUAAAGGUAACAGAGGCGCCAUUGCAGAAAGCUAUUUGCGACGACCACGUCGAGGUUGAAGUCCAUUACUGUGGCCUAAACCUCACAGACCACUACUUGCGCUUGGGUUUAAUAAGGAACAGACUCUUCCCGGUUAUCAUGCUCAGUGAAUGUUCCGGCAUCGUAACACGUGUGGGCAAUGCAGUCACCGAUCUGCAGGCGGGCCAGAAAGUGCUGUGUCUGCAAAUGCAAGGUGGCCUGUUUAGGCAUGUUGUCCACGUCCAACGCAAGUACUGCUUUCUGCUGCCGGAAGAUAUUAGCCUAAAAGAUGCCGUCAGUCUUGGUCUAAACUUCGUUGUGGCCUACUUCUGUCUGUAUGAAUUCGGAUGCCUUGCGAACGAGGAGAAAGUAUUUAUUCAGUCGGUCGCAGGUGGUGUCGGCACGGCACUCAUCCAGCUUGCUCAGACCGUGGACGAUGUGGAAGUUGUAGGAACAGCUUCAGAAUCAAAGCACGAAAAGCUCCGUUCUCUUGGCGUAAAGCGGGUAUUCCGUCAUGAUGAAAACUAUGAAAAUGAAAUAUUGCAAGAUUACCCUGAAGGUGUUGAUAUCGUGGUAAACACCAAUGGUGGAAGUGACCUUGAGAAGUGCUUAAAAAUUCUUAAACCUGUCGGAAGGUUGGUACUGCUAGGGUCGAACAGCACAGCUACAUACUCAAAAUAUACAUCAUGGGGGUUAAUGCGACCGAAAUGGGAUAGCGGAUCGUUGUCAUCUGCGGAUGUAGUUAGUAAAAACUACUGCAUAGCAGGAGUGAACAUUGGCGUAUUGAAAAAAAAAAAUUAA